AUGAUAAAUAUUGUUUGGAGUAUAUUCAAUACAAUUUCAAUAAAAAACACUCGUCCAUCAAAAUCUGUUAUUAUAUUUUAUACUAAAUUUGAUUUCUUUUCUAUUUUUCAACCAACAAAUGCUGGUGCUCAAUCAACAGCAUUUGGUGUAAUUACAUUACUUGGUUUAGCUUGGUUAUUAGGUAGAAUUAAUCUAACUCAAUUGUUAAUUACAAAUAAUAAUAAUAAUAUUAAUAAAGAUAUUGUUCUUUUGUUUAUUAAUGGUGAAAGUUGGAAUUAUUAUGGAACAUUUGAAUUAAGUAAAAUCAUUUUAGAAAAACGAUUUCCUUAUAAAAUAGACAAAUCAUCCCAUCAAGAUAAUUUACAUCCAAUUGAACCUGAACAUAUUGAUAUUAUAAUUAAUAUUGAUCAAUUAGGUAUUAAUCAUAAUCAUACAUAUAUUUUGUAUGAUAAUAUUCAUCCAUUCCUUGAAAAAUUCAAGUAAGAAUAAAAAGAACAGAUUUAUACGAUUUGCUAACUGUUGAUUACAUGAAUAUAUCAUUUAUAAUGAAGGAUCGCCAUUUUAAUUCAUUGGUGAUGUAUGAUCCAAUAUUUACCUCUACAAAGUCAAUGUUUCCUCAAAAAAAAAUUUUUAAGUUUGCUUAAUUAAAAAAAUAUUACUAUUAAUCGAUGAAAAAUAAUGGCGUUUGUGCAAAAAAUGUGAUACGCUUGUCAAAUCUAUCAAUCUGAUGGAAGUAGAAAAGUGUCUGAGCCUACCCUAACCUACGAAGCGUGAAUCUAGGAUAGGCCCAACUCUUGUGAUUCCACCCCCUAUGCUUAUUGGACACAAGUUGAUAGUAGAUAAUAUGUGCACUAACCUUGUAAAACUAGGCAUGUGUAGUUCUAGUGUAAAUACUGACACCGAUUUUAUCGACAGUAUGUCUACUGAAUACUACUAUUCAUUGACUCAUACUGAAGCUCACUGAAACAAUGACAAUGCUGAUAUCAGUGCUCAAUGAGACACUGAGGCACCGAUUCUGUGAGAGUAUACACCUUUGGUGCAUUAGUUUAGGGUAGGCGUGGGUAUUAGAAUUCAUCACACAUCCCCACAUUCAAUAUGUCAUAUCGUUAUCCCUGUACAUGAAUAUAUGCUGGCCUCCGAUUGCGAGUUUUUAAAAAAAUAGGAAUCCUUAGAGGAUCAAGUUUGUCUAAAAUACAGGAUUUUUGAUCAAAAGUGGCAAAAAUAUAGGAUCUACUAUACAUUGUUUUGCUCAAUUGUCUGCUUUUGUUAACUUCUCUGCUCGCAAUUUUUUCUAAUGAAGCUAGCAUGAAGAGCUCGACCGUAAUCAGAAUUCUUAUCUAAUUUCUUUCUACUUGAAUAAAUAGUUAAUUCGAAUAUCAUUAUAUAGUUUAAUUAUAAAACUUUUCUCACAAAUCAAUGAAUAACAAAAAAAGUAGAUCAUAAAUUUUGAAAAAACAAACAAAUGAAAAAAACACAAAUACUAUUUUUCAUAAUUAAAUUUGACUUAUCAAGAUAAUACUGAAUUACAGGUACUCCGAAAAGUAUUCGGACAUCCCGAUAUCAAGCAUGUUCAAGAAUCUGAUUUCUUUUGAAAUAGUUUAUAUUGCGAAAACUAUCUUUCUUCAUUGAAACAUUAUGCUAACAAAUAGAACUCACGUUGUUCGUUGUAGUGGUACGUAAAUAAUAUAAUUCUGAUGUCAGAAAAGCGACCAUCUAACUUAUUGGAAAAUCAGAUAUUUUCAGAGAAGCAUUGUCGUAUAUCGAGAUGAUAGACAGAAUUGCUGAUUUUCAUAGAGAACCUAGUUCAAAGUAAGAACUAUGUACUGAUGAAAAAAUAAAAAUGCUAACUGUUUAAAAUACAGGGGCGGCGCGAAGAGGUCAAAGCAGGAAGUACUUUCGAAAAAUGGGAGGAAGUAUUAAAAAAACGUUUCGAACUUCAAAUUUUGAAGCAGGGUAGGCGACUUUUUCUGAAGUUUUUUAUAAAUUUUUAAAAACUUUUCGGAAAAUCUUGUAAAUUUUUCAAAAGUUUUCAAAAAUCGUUGUGCAAAAAAACGAAAAUUUUCAAACGCAGGGGUACCCUCUCCUAACCCUCCCCCACUCACGCCGCUCCUGCUAAAAUAGAUAUCGUCAUACUACAGAAGCUUGUUUAAAGCAUAUGAUCGCACACUGAAUGUGUUGUUCAACAUCUAAAGACUAGCAAAACUUACAAAUUUUGGGACAUUUCCUACUUUUUUCGUUAAAAUAUAGGUAAAAUAGGAAUUUUAAUCGAAAUAUAGGACAAAAUAAAGGAUUUCCCAAGAAUAUAGGUAUUAUAGGAAAUAUAGGAUGAAUCGGAAGCCAGAUAUAUGUAACUUUAUGAAUAAUAAAAGUUUUUAGUCGAAAAUGAGA